AUAUAUAUCCACACUUAUCAUCAAAGGCAUAUAAAUACUAAGUAGUAGUACGUGUUAGUAUUAUCAUUAAUUUCAUUCAAACACCACUUACUGCAAUACACAAUGGCUUCUUCUUUUCAUUAUUUCCUUCUCUUCAUCAUCAACUCUUUUCUUUUUCUCAAUUCUUGCAUAGCCAAAACGACAACGCAGCGUCUUAAUGCUCUAGUUCUCCCCAUAACCAAACUCACUUCCACUAAUGAUAUCCAAUACAUCACCCAGAUCCACCAAAGAACCCCACUCGUCCCCGUAAAGCUCGCCUUAUAUCUCGGCGGUGACUCCCUCGUCGUCGACUGCGAGGACCUCGGCUUCGUUUCCUCCACCUACAAGCCCGCACUAUGCGGCUCAGCUGAGUGCACCUUUGCCGACGCGCGAUGCAACGACGGCAUGUGCUCUGGCAUUGAAAGGCCAGGCUGCCAUAACAACACGUGCCUUCUCCAAGGCUCCAAUCCAUUUACCUCCCUCGGCAGCGUCGACGAAGUCGGAAGCGACGUCGUUUCGGUUCAAUCUACCGACGGCUCCAGUCCCAAAAAAUCAGUUUCGGUAGGGAAUUUCGUCUUCGUUUGUUCAAGUUCUACAAUCAAACUGGGUUUGGGUAAAGGUGUAAAGGGCAUCGCAGGCCUUGGAAGAUACCCAAUCAGUCUUCCCUUCCAAUUGGCCUCUGCUCACAACUUAAGCACUAAGUUCGCCAUUUGCUUGCCUUCUUCAACGUCAGAAUCCAAAAAAGGCACUUUGUUCGUCGGAGAAGGUCCUUACGUGUAUCGACCCAAUAUUGAUGUUUCCAAAUCUCUCAUCUACACAAAACUAUACCAAAUGCCCAGAUUAUUUCUGGGUACUUUUCGGUCUAGUCCAGAGUCUUUUACUGAAUAUUUCGUCAAAGUCAAAUCAAUCAAGGUUAACGGCAUAGCUGUUCCGUUAAACACUAGUUUAUUACCAGUUAAAAGAUCAUUGAAUCUUGGUGGAACAAAGAUCAGUACCACUGUGCCUUACACAAAGUUAGAGACCUCGAUAUUCAAUGCAGUGGUCAACGCAUUCGUCAAAGCAAUGGGUAAUAUUCCGAGAGUGAAGCCAGUAGAGCCUUUUGAGGCAUGUUUUAGCUCCAAAAACAUCGGCAGUACUCCUUUUGGGCCUGCGGUUCCUAAGAUUGAUUUAAUGUUUGAGAAGAGGAGUGUGUCUUGGAGUAUGUUUGGGGCGAACUCGAUGGUUCGUGUGAGUGACAAGGUUAUGUGUUUAGGAUUUGUGGACGGCUUCGACAUAGAGAGUAUGAGGUCUGCCAUUAUCAUUGGAGCUCAUCAAUUGGAAGAUAAUCUUCUUGAGUUUGAUGUACCUAACUCACGCCUUGGUUUCAGCUCCUCCUUACGAUUUGGUUCGAAAACCACUUGCUCUAACUUUGACUUUCAAAUUUAAAAGACUCAUUGUAAAGCUUCACUAUAUUUUACUUCAAAAUAAGUUCCGGAACACCUAUAGCUAUGCUCUGUUUCGGCGAGAAAAGAAGAAAUAACCUGACUACAAAAGAGUAUAUGAAGAAAACAUUUAAAUAAAAACAUCAAUAAAAUAACUAACAUUUACGGGAUCAUCAAACUUGAAUAAAUACUUAUUUAAAAAAGGAUGAAGAAUUUGUUUCACUUGUUCAUUUUUUUUUAAUACAAACUGACCAGGAUUUCUAUAAAUUUUUCAAUUAGAUUUUUAAUUUCGUGAAGUUAUCAUAUUUUUUGUUUUGGUCUAGUGCAACCAAUACAGAGGCUGUGAAAACAUCAUAGUGUAUUCUUAUGUUAAAUUCAUUUAUAGUAAGAUCGAGUAUAUUAUAUUAAAAUAAUAUUUACUUGUUAAUCUAUAUUGAAAUAAUAUUAAUAUAGUGAUAGCAUGCCUACUUUCCUA